AUGGCUUCUAGAAAACUGGCACACUAUUUUCAUGCCCACACAAUAGUUGUGUUGACGGAGUUUCCACUUAAGGUGCUCUUUGAAAAGGCGGACUUUAUCGGGAGGAUUUUGAAAUGGGCCAUAGAAUUGGGGCAAUACGACAUCAAGUUCCAACCGUGUACCGCGAUUAAGGCUCAAGCUCUUACGGACUUUGUGGCAGAGUUUGCCCCUGAAAUGUAUCCGGUUUGCCCAGUUGAUUUAGCUAGUGCAGAUUUGGCAAAGCCCAUGGUUCAGGCAACAGCGACAAAUGUUGGAUCACAAAUGGAAAAAGGGCAAAUGGAAGCCGAAGUGGAGAAGCCGGAUAACUCAUCAAAAGACAAGCCCGACCGAGACAUGGAAAGAGACCAUAAUGAACCAACCGGAACCUUGGUGUUGAGAAGCUCCCAAAACCCAUCGGACUGCUGGAAGUUGUUUAUUGGCGAGAUGUGGAAGCUCUUCAUCGACGGGGCCUCCAAUAGACAUGGCGCCGGGCUGGGUCUCGUGCUGACUUCAUCGGACGGGCUGGUUAUUGAACAAACAGUUACGUUAUGCUUCCUGGUGUCCAACAAUGAGGCAGAAUAUGAGGCCCUCCUUGCCGGAUUAAGAAGCGCAUUGAGAAUGAAAGCGUCGGCCCUUAUGGUAUUCAGUGACUCUAAGCUGGUGGUCAAUCAGGUCUCUGGGGAGUAUGAAGCUAGGGAUGAAAGAAUGACCAAACAUCAGGCGCUGGUGCACGUAGAAAUCAAAAAGUUCGCCGCAAUAAGAGUGGAACAAAUCAACCGCGAAGAAAACAAUACAACAGACGAACUGGCCGGCCUUGCAUCCACACAAACAGCUUUCCCCAAUCCUUUGAUAAUAGAAUUCCUACCUCGGCCAAGCAUUGAGGAACCAGAAGUGUCCAAAGUACUCUGUGCCGACCUAGGACCAUCCUGGAUGGACCCCAUCAUCGCCUUCCUAAAAGAUAGAAUUUUGCCAGAAGAGAAGAAGGUGGCCAACAAAAUCCGAGCCAAAUCAAAGCAGUUUUGGCUCUCUCCAUCCAGAGCCUUAUACAAUAAUUCUUUUACUAGGCCGUAUCUGAAGUGCGUCCACCCCGACAAGGUAGAAGCUUUCCUCUAUGAGAUCCAUGAAGGCAUCUGCGGGAGUCAUACUGGGGGCAGGUCAUUGGCUUACCGAGCGAUUUCCCAAGGUUAUUGGUGGCCGUGCAUGCAGGCGGACGCGCAGAAAUACGUUCGCAGGUGUGAAAAAUGUCAAACAUUUGCUCACCAAAUCCACCAGUCGCCCAGAGAAUUGCUCCCCUUUACAAGUCCUUGGCCGUUCGCGCUUUGGGGAUUGGAUAUUGUAGGACCACUCCCAGCAGCUCCGGGCAACCGCAAGUUCUUCAUUGCUGCUACCGACUACUUCACCAAUAUGCCGAAGGCCCUCAUAUCGAAUAAUGGCACUCAGUUCGAUGGAAAACUCUUUCGUGGAUUUUGCGAGGAGUUAAAGAUCGAGUUCUACAACUCAACACCGGCCUACCCUCAGUCAAAUGGUCAAGCAGAAGCCUCAAACAAGACCAUCUUCGACGGACUGAAGAAGCGGCUAGAGAGAGCCAAAGGAAAGUGGGCUGAAGAACUCCCCAAUGUGCUUUGGGCGUACCGCACCACGCCGAAGCGCUCGACCGAGGAAACACCAUUCUCCUUGGCCAAUGGCAUGGAGGCCGUCAUCCCACUAGAAAUCGGCGUGCCAACCAUCCGGUCUGAAAGUUUUCAGCCAAACUUAAACAAUGAAGCAGUGGCCUUGAAACUUGACCUAGUUGAAGAAAGAAGGGAACGGGCUCUGAUCCACAUAGCAGCCUAUCAGCAAGAGCUCUCCAGGAAAUACAACAAGGCUGUGCAUCCAAGGCUAUUCAAGAUCGGAGACUGGGUCUUGAGAAAGGUAAUGGGCAACACGGUGAUCCCGAGCGAAGGCAAACUCGGUGAAAAUUGGGAAGGGCCGUAUAAGCCUUUUGAACCUUUAGCCUUUUGGAAUUUGAUGUAA